CGAUAUAUACAUUAAAAUACAAAAAACUUUCUCGUGCCCCUCUUCUUCUUGUUGAUUUUACAUUUUGCUAAUUACAGCUUUUGUCAACAUAUUUGUUAAUCAACUUGUGCCUCUCUCUUUCUCGCCUUCUUGAAAAUUUUAAACCACUUUUCAAGACUCUAAAUAGUAAAAAACAACUUUCCAGAACUUUUCUUCUCUCCAACAAGUGUAAAAGCGUUUUGUGUUCAUGUGAGAAACUUUCUUUGCAAACACAUUUCACUUUCUUUCCACCUUUACUCUUAUCUUCUCCGAGACAAUCUCUGUGUCCUAAAAAGAUUUCGUGAUUACCCAUUUGCCUCUCUGUUCUUGAACUCUCUUCCAAGAUUCAUUUGUGACUUCCUCUGUUUCAUCGUUGGCUAUGAUAAGCCUAAAGGUCUCAACUUUAUGUGUUUUAACCCUCCUCUGUUUUUCACGGGUCUCCUCUGCUUCUUCUGAUACUUUCUUCCUCAACUGUGGCUCCUCCCAGAAUGCAACAGUCAACAACCGAACCUUCGUAUCCGACAACAACCUCGGUCGAGAAAUCUUCGACUCCACGCAAACAAUCUCCCUCACAGCCACCGACUCGAACUCUCUUCCUCCAGGAACAGAGUCGACUCUGUUUCAGACCGCAAGAGUCUUCCCUGAAGAAUCAACUUACCGAUUCAAGAUCGACCAACACGGAUGGUUCUUGAUUCGUCUCUACUUCCUACCCUUUCCCUCCUCUUCUCGAGAUCUAACCUCAGCGAGAUUCUCUGUUUCGUCUCAGAACUUCACUCUGUUCAGACACCACAAACCUUCAACCACCUCUGUUGUCAAAGAGUACAGCUUAAACAUCUCCACAGGUACUCUCUCCCUCCAGUUCCGUCCUGAAGUCGGCUCCUUCGCCUUUAUCAACGCCUUGGAAGUCUUCAGACUUCCAGAGAAUCUCCUACCCGAAGAAGCAGGAGUCAUUAGUACACAGAGCAGCAAGAAGACUCACAAACUCAGCACUCACGCCAUGGAGACUGUUUCUAGGAUUAACAUGGGGAACUUGAGCGUCUCUCGUGAUCAGGACAAGCUAUGGAGGCAAUGGGAUGCUGACUCUACUUACAUGGGAGUAGCUCAUUUUGGUCUCCCUGUGACGAACCUCAAAGCUGUUAACUUCAGCGCUGGCAACACAACAGAGGACAUUGCACCGGUGUAUGUCUAUGGAACCGCCACGAGGUUGAACUCUGAGGACAAUCCAAACACAAACGCCAACUUAACGUGGACGUUCAAAGUCGACCCUGGUUUCGAUUACUUCCUCAGGUUCCAUUUCUGUAACAUCAUAGUGGAUCCUUUUGGAAGCGUCCGUAGGGUAAGCUUUGACAUUUACGUGAACUCGCAGAGAGUUGUGUCUGUUGAUAUGUCUGAAGUUGCAAAUGGAACCUUUGGUGCUCCUUUUUUCGUCGAUGCAGUGAUGCUGAAGGCGAUGAUGGGUUUAGGAGGAGACUUGACUCUUUCUGUUGGUGGUGUUAUGGAUGUGUCUUCUUACCCUCUUUCUUUUCUCAACGGACUUGAGAUCUUGAAGCUAAGCAACGAUAAGCGGAGUCUUGAUGCUUCGGAUGCGGUUUUGCCUGAUGGUUCUUUAGGUAACAAGAGUCCAAGAAUUGGAUUGAUAGCUGGAGUAUCUGCAGCUUUGUGUGUGGCUUUAGUGUUUUGUGUGAUUUGUUUUGCUUGGUGCGCAAGGAAAAGAAGAAAUAGACAAAUGCAGAGUGGAGAUGAGGAGAUUAAGGAGAUUGAAACAGGUGAGAGCUUAAUCUUUUCAAGCUCGAAGAUCGGUUAUCGAUACCCUUUGGCUUUAAUCAAAGAAGCAACUAAUGACUUCAAUGAGAGUCUAGUGAUUGGAGUUGGUGGGUUUGGUAAAGUCUACAAAGGUGUCUUGAGCGACAAGACCGAGAUAGCUGUGAAACGUGCUGCUCCAAAAUCUCGCCAAGGUCUAGCUGAGUUCAAGACAGAGAUAGAGAUGCUGUCUCAGUUCAGACACAGGCAUUUGGUGUCUUUGAUCGGGUAUUGCGAUGAGAACAGCGAGAUGAUCAUUGUGUAUGAGUAUAUGGAGAAAGGAACGCUUAAGGAUCAUCUGUAUGACUCAGAGAACCAAAGGUUGAGCUGGAGACAGAGGCUUGAGAUAUGUGUUGGUGCAGCUAGAGGGCUUCACUAUCUCCACACAGGCUCAGCAAGAGCGGUCAUACACCGCGAUGUGAAGUCUGCUAACAUUCUGUUAGAUGAGAAUUUCAUGGCUAAAGUUGCGGAUUUUGGAUUGUCUAAGACUGGUCCUGAUCUAGACCAGACACAUGUGAGUACCGCGGUUAAAGGAAGCUUUGGUUAUCUUGAUCCAGAGUAUUUGACUAGACAGCAACUGACUGAGAAGUCAGAUGUUUACUCUUUUGGUGUGGUGAUGCUUGAAGUACUAUGUGGGAGACCAGUGAUUGAUCCAUCUCUUCCGAGGGAGAAAGUGAAUUUGAUCGAAUGGGGGAUGAAGUUGGUGAAGAAAGGGAAGAUGGAAGAGAUCUUGGACCCUUUUCUUGAUGGGAAAGUUAAGGUUGAAGAGGUGAAGAAGUACUGUGAGUUGACAGAGAAGUGUUUGGCUCAAAACGGAGUUGAGAGGCCGACGAUGGGAGACUUGUUGUGGAACCUAGAGUUCAUGCUUCAGGUACAAGCAAAAGAUGAGAAAGCAGCAAUGGUGGAUGAUGGUCCGGAGGCUAGUGUUGUGGGGUCGACGGUGCAGUUUAGUGUGAAUGGAAUGGGAGACAUUGAAGGUGUCUCAAUGAGUAAAGUUUUCGCGCGAAUGGUGGUGGGAGAAGAAACGAGAGAAAGAGAUUGAUCUGAAGAAGAGUAUAUUAAGUUACUAUAGAGUGUUGUUUGAACAGGAGGGAGAAGGAGAGAACACAACAUUUGUUUAUAUACACUGCAAAUCCUAAACAUGUUAUUGCUAUUCUUUUCUAUAUAUUUAUUUGCAUUUAUACUUUCUA